AUGCCGGCCAUGCCGGCGACACGCAAGGCCUUCCUGACACCAUCUAUUGCUGGUAGCAUGCCUCAGGCGCGGCGGCGAACUGUGCAGGCCGCAGGCCUGGGAGCCGCGGCUGCGGGAGUGGCAGCCAAGGUUGGCGGAGCGGCGGUGACGUGGUGGCAGGCUGUUGGCUGGUGGCCGUGGUGGGCCCUGUUGGGCGUCAUCGCCGCCGGCAUCCUCUUGGGCCUCUUUGUAUCAAAGAUCGCCACAGACACGCUGCGGAAAGACUUUGACCCCAACCGCACAAGCAUUGAGAACCGGCAGCUGCGGGAGAAGGUGGAGGAGCUGCAGCAGCUGAUGGUCAAGUUGGAGCCUUUGGCUUACAAGGGCAUGCGGCUGCGCUUCACAAAGGGCAUCAACAAGGCCGUGAUCCUGGGGAUGGUGGACCAGAUGCUGGCCAACAAGGAAGUCAACAUCUGGUGGCUUCCCGAUGAGGUUGAGCGCAUCAUCUACUUCAACAUGUAG